ACUCGGUUCCGUCCAUGGCUGCACGACUUCUCCCUUCGGGACGUCAAAAACGUUUAUAAACCCCGAUUUGCCUGAGAGUCUGUAAUUAUCCAAGUCGAAUGCAGUCACGAUUUUGAUAGACUUUAGAGGAGCUCAGAAAAUAUAAAAGUCAACAAUUUUGAAGUCAUCAAUGGCCAAAGCCUAAAUUCCGAUGGGGAAUAUUUUACCUGGAAGUGAGCGGAGGUUGGGCAGCUAUGGUUUAGUCGCCACUCGCCCCUCUCCUACGCAAUCAUGCAGCUCCCUCGAUCGAUCUAAACACAAUUCUCCAGCCAGAGCGCAAUUCACACUCCUCGUCGCUUCCCUCCUCUCUCCUCUCUCUCAAAACAGCAUAAAUACAAAAUAAGGCCCAACAUCGACACAUUUCACAUUUUGUCCCCCUCUCAAAGAUAAUAAUAACAAAUAACAAACAAUAAUAAUUAGACAGUUUUUUCUCUGUUCUCUGAAUAAGUAGUGCGUGUGUGACAUGGACCUCCCACCCGAGGUCCCAGACUCCUCCCACCACGAGGAGGGAGAUAUUCCCCCUGUCGUCGUCGUUGUGGGCGAUCCCUCCGUCCACCACCUGGAUGACCAGCUCAUUUUCUCUGAAGCCCAGUUAGCCGAGUCCUUAAGUGACCAUCAUCAUCACCAUCAUCAUGCCGACCCUCUGGCCAGUGAUGGGACUGAAGGGGAUGGCCUUAUCGAUGGGGACGAUCUCGCUCAUGUCAUGGAAGUGGAUGAAGCAGUACUUGAAGAAGAAGUUGGGCCGCCUCCUGAAGAUGAUGACAGUAUGGUCGUGGGGGAGGAGGAAUUGCCCAUUAAUCAGGACGACGAACAUUUGGAGCAGGCAGUGGAUUCGUCCCUCUUGGACACGACGGACGAGGGCCAGAUUCUUGAAACUAUUGUGGAAGAACCUUCCGGGGCUGAAGAUGGGGAAGAUCCAAAGCAGAAUAUGUCUACCAACAUGGAAGCACCUCUCCUACCACCACCCCCUCCAGUGGUAGAAGAGGAGGAGGAAGAGGAAGAAGAAGAAGAACCUCCUUGUCAGUGUCCCUCAUGUAAAGAGUCAUCUGAUGAGAAUGGCGUGUUUAAAGGCUGGGACCUUACCAAAGCAAAGUGUCUCAUGUGCUAUGUGACAAUCCCUGCGCCAGAACAUCUCUGCAGAAAAAAGAAGCCCGAGAGCCCUGUCCAAGUUGUUGAACCUAACUUACCAGCCGAAGGAGAGCAGGUUGAUGCCACCAAUACUAUUGAUACUACUACUGUGCCGCCAACGACGACGACGACGACGUUGAUGGAGGAAGCAGACACUCAGAAAAUACUUCCAGACCUCAUAGAUCAAGAAGAGGGGGGUCAGGAAGAAAUGAGUCAUAUAGCAGCAACAAUAAUGACAAAAACUGAGGCUACUCUCCCACCUAUCGUCUCGGUCGGUGAGGACAACAAUGUUUUCGGAAUAAAGUCAGAAGCAAGAGACCCUGAAUCUGAACUGGAGCAGCAGUUGACCGCUGAGACUGGUUGUGGGGGUGGUGAUUUGAACCUGAAUGUAGGAGAAGGAAUUGAAAAGGUUUGCAACCUCACGGAAGAAACUGCUCAGCAGAUAAAAGAUGUCUUAACGGGAAAGAUGCGUCAUCAGUCUAAUUCAGACGAUGAAUCUGACCAUGACAAUAGCGAGGAGGAUACACGACUUAAUUUAGACCUCUUGUUUCAAGUUUUGGGCUCAAGUUUCGAUGAUUUGGAUCAAGAUGUCGAUAUGCUUCUAAACUUUGUUCCCCUUUGUCACCCUUGUCAGUCCGUGGUAGCGGACGCAUUAGUUAUCUACAAGGAAAUUCAGCGGCUUGAAAAUACCCUGGGAAAUUUGAGGGACACGAUAAAAGAUCAAGUGGCGACGACUUUUGAUGCCAACUUUUGCAAGAGGAAGAAGGAGGCUGAAGAAGUUGAAGGGCUCAUAGGACAGAUUGAUGCUACAAGGAGAGCUAUUUUAGGAGAGGACUGUCCUGCCAUUGCCAAACUACUAAAUUACCGCAAGAAAGGGAGAAGAGGGAGGAAACCCGGAAGAAAGAAGAAGACAGUUAUUAAUCGUUCUGCUCUGUACCCACAAGUGACGUUGGAGUCAGGGUCUAAAAAACGAGGUCGGCCUAAAAAACAAUAUGUUGAUGCAUCCGGUGUUAAACAAGAGUACAAUUCUGACCCCGACUUUGACGACGAAUUCGGGGACGAUGAGCAAGAAGAAGAACAUGAAGUUAUACAAACUCAUUCUGGGCGGAGAGUAAAGAAACCGAAUUACAAAAAGUGGUUGAUGGGCGAUGAUGAUGAAGAAGAAGAGAGGACUACCACAGUGCAACAUAUAAAAGCUGAGAAAGUCGAGGAUGAGGGGGGUGCCUCUCCAAAAAGUGAACCUGAUUGGUCUCCAGGUCACUCGGAUGACGAAUUUCAUGAGGGAGCUGAUUCAGAAACAUCUUCUGACGACUCUGACGUCAAUUCUGACGAAGAAAAUGAGUUUGAUGAUGACGAUGACGAAGAUGAUGAUGAUUAUCGCGAGCGUGCACCUGCUAGGAAACGACGUCGAAGCAGCGCUGGACCUCGUAUUCCUUGCCCAGAGUGCAGCAGAACAUUUGCCGAUGACGAAAAGAAAGACAAACAUUUUGCUCGUUACCACGAACCUGGAGGUGAAAGACAUGGGCGUCGAAGAAGAGGCAGGGGUGGUGGCUCACUUAAAGUGCAUUCCUGCGAACACUGCGAUAAGGAGUUCAAGCGUCCUAAUCUGCUGAAGAGGCAUUUAGAAAAGGAUCACGGUAUUAUGCCAGAAAAUGGUGAAAGCUCAGAUAAAAAGAAACAUAUUUGCGAGUUCUGUGGACAAAAGUAUCGAAAUGGAAGUGAAUUGCGAGUUCAUGUUCGGCUCCACACGGGAGAGACGCCGUUCAAGUGUGACCACUGCGAUCAGAGUUUCGUCAGUGCAUUGAAACGGGAAACUCACAUUGAACAGUGUCACUGGGAAGUUCCUCCACUAAAAUGUGAGUUUUGCGAUCGUGCAUUCUUCCGUCAGCAUCGUCUUCGAAUCCACAGAAUUACUCAUACUGGAGAAAGAGCCUACCUCUGUGAAAUCUGCAGUCAAGCCUUUUCUCACCCAACCUAUUUAAAAUACCAUCAAGGACAACAUGCAGAAUUGAACAUGGAGUCUUACAAGUGUAAAGAAUGCGGCAAACAAUUUGCCAAUCCAACUAAUCUGAAACUUCACGUCAAGACAGUACACUUGAAGGAAUUCAGAUUUAGCUGUGAAGUUUGUGGCAUGGGAUUCACUCACAUGAGCCAUAAACGAAUCCAUAUGAGAGGUCAUACUGGGGAACGUCCGUACAAGUGUGAAAUUUGUGGAGAAUCGUUCAGAUACAAAGAUAGACUAAGAAUACAUUUACGAGGUCACACUGGGGAGAGACCAUUUGUUUGCGACGUGUGCAAAAAAGGAUUCGCCAGUCGGUCCAAGCUCAAACGUCAUGAAAAGAUUCACGAAAAAAGUUUAGGAAACAGAUCAUCCCAAGAGGAAGAACCUCAACGACCUCUUAGGUAUAGUUGCGAUGAUUGUGGAAAAGCAUUCGCGGAACCCCAACAUCUUAGCGCUCACAAGCGAUAUUGUCAACGCAAAAACUAUCCUGAGAAGGAGGAAAAACCUCGAGCCACGAAGAGUGGUCCUGGAAAGAUCAAACCCCCCAACGUGGCCACUGCUCCCGCUGUCGUCCCUCCCCCAGCCGCACCAGUAGCAGCCACCGUUCAAAAGAUCCAAAUAGAACAUAUUCCAACUCACGCAAUUCAACCACAACAGGCUCAAAUGCUUGUUCCAGUAACUUACACGACCUAUCCUGUUGCAUACGGGUAUGAAGUUGCGCAACAAUACCACCAACAGCAACAACCACCUUCAAACGUCAGGGACUACCCUAAUUACAAUUGAAUAACUUGGCGUAUUAAAUAGUAAUAAUGAUACUGCUAAGAAUAUAGAAUUACUUGAAGUAGUUUGUAAUAUAAUACGUUGUAAUUUGUUUGUUUUUGUAAAUUUUACGACUCAUUUUGAGAGACGAUUGAAUAUUUAUAUAUGUAGCUGUAGCUUUAGCUGUAACAACAACUGAAUAUGAGAUUACAGAAAAUAGUCUUAGACAAAAAAUAUUAAACCAUGCUAUUCCGAGUGUAUAUAUACAAAUUACAGGUUUACAGUUAUGUUACUACCAAAUUUACUGGCUAUGCAAAUAAUGAAUUAAUGAAAUUACAGAUACCAUCAUCCCGGUUCUGUAAUUGUAUUAUCAUGUGUAAUUACUAUAAUCAAUUGCAUUUAAAAUCAUAGGCAUGGAAUAACUGUAAGUAAAGUUGUGACUGACGAUAAGAUAACGCAUAAGAUAAGAAAAUGGAGAAAAGUGAUCAAUACAAUGUUUAAUAAACCCUAGUACGAAGAAUCCUCCCUAGAACCACAUCAAGAGAGUGUAGAUAAGUUGCCUUUAAUAAUUUUGUGUAAUUUCUUAAAUUUAGUCUGUAUAUCAAGAACGUUACUUCUUCCAGUUGGGGAAAAAAUAGAUUAAGAGUCCAUCCUUUAUGCUUUAUUGUAGUACAGGAGUACUUUAUUAGCAUACUUAAUUUCAGUCAGAUUUCUUUCUUGGCUUUUCAGGUCUGUCCGUGUGAAUCCGUAUAAUGUCUACAUUGCGUUUCAUAUCUCGCCUCGCGUCAAAUUGAUAUGCAACUACUUAUUAUUCCCAAUUUUUUCUUGUUAAUAAAUAAUUAAACGCCAGCUUUUAGGUUUAUGUAACAUCUAAUGUUCUCAAGAAAUGGAAUAAAGAAAAUAUAAAAGUAAAACAUCCAA